GUCCUUCAAUUAUGACUUCAUGUGGGCUUGUGAAUGGAGAAAGAGGAGGAGUCUCUCCUACUUUCACUCAUAUCUCUCUCCAGCCAUGGGCAGAUCUAUUUAUGGAGAUAGCACGAGUAGCUUGCAGACCAUACUGAAUAGUGUGAACCUAAUGCGUGCUGCGUCUACCUACUCUCCUGUGUGGGAGCAACUGGGAACAAUCUGUUGACUACUUUUCCCACAGAAUAUUCUAGAAGGUUUAUCCUAGAACCGAUUAACAAUAUUUCAGGGCCACCACAGUAAGAUACUGACCAUGGGAGAUUGCAUCUCAGUCCGUGUUCUGCUAAUGCUUCUGGCCCUAAUCAGCUAUCUAAUUUCACUGACAUUCAACAUAUUGGCUCUAUUUGGGCCCUGGACAGGUGCUUUCAUGCAAACCACACAGUAUGUACUGAGCAAGUCCACUACACACCUAACCCCAGAUAGAUGGGUACUCUUUCUAUGGGACGUCCUUAACGUCUGGUUGAUCGGCAUGUUCAUCUAUCUGAUACACAAUCUCCGUAGAAGGGAAGCUUACACAUGGAUGUACACCACUCCUGCUGUCCUGCCCUAUGGAUUCUACUUGUCCUGGAUCGUAAAUAGCAUAUUGAAUAUGGCAUGGUUAUUUCUGUACGACAAAGACUUCUGUGUGUGUCAUAGAAAGAUGGUGCCAACACUCCUGAUCACAGCAUUACAGGCCAUCUCAAACUGCGUGAUUAUCAUGUUCUCCUGCUGCGGACUGGUCGUCUAUGGAGCGUGGCUCCACAAAUAUCACAACAAUGAUCUCUGGCUCAUUCGAAUAUUGGUGCAAAACGGAGUGGCUUUGUAUGCAACAUGGUGGGCUGUGGCUACCUUUUUACACUUGACCGUUGUUUUAGACCAUCAAACCCCAAUACCCAAGACAGAUGCUGCCAUAAUGGUACUAGUGCUGCUCCAAUUGGGACUCAUAGGAUGGUUUGUCAUAGAGAACUGGUACCUGGAUAAGCACGUGCGCUACAUCCUAACAGUGUACCCUGUGGUGAUCCUGGUUUUGGCAGCGAGUGUGGCCAAUCCAGCCACGCCCGGUACCCACAUAGACAUCAUGUCUGCUGUCAUCUUGGCCAUAACCAGUGUCAUAUUUAUUGUACGCAUCAUCAUGGUGUUAUGGAAGCACAAGAAUAAACCACUUUACGGAGAAGAGGAGCUCAGGUCACCGGUGGACAUUGCCAGGACACAGAAGCUCAUCUUUAUGUGAGGGAAGCCAGCUGCUGUGGAUAUAUGUAUGUCCCUGUUGUUUUCCUUAACAUUUAAUGGCUGAGACCGAUGUGACCAAAUCCUCCCUAUGUCUACAACACAUGUAGAUGGAGAUUUGCACUUCAUUACUGGCUUUCCACAUGAUUAGUGGGGCCUCUGCACUAGCCAAUGCUAAUGUCUUUCUAAGCUAAUGAAAUCAUAUCAAUUACUGUGUGUCAAAACAAUGAACAGAAAUGCUCUCAUGCUGUCAACACUAAAGCAAUAUUAAUAUGAUAAUGUUUUUAUUAUUUUAUAAAUCUUUUAGUACCACCA